UUUUCACCUUGUAAUCACUUGUCUACUAUUUCACCAUGUUAGAUCCACCAAAGCCGCGAGAACCGGACGAAGGCGACGUUGGAAAAACGGAAGUGAACAUACCGUUUGUGCCGAAACAGGAAUUGAGUGACGGUGCCCCAGUCACUAAGUAUCAAGUGAUAGUCAUGGAACUUACAGAUGGACAAGAUCAAGGGAAAUCGUCAGAUCCAAAAUAUGCUAAAGUCACCAGAAAAUAUGAAGAUCGAGUGGCAGGGGAACCAUACGUUACGGCUGAAUUUGCAAACAAUAACGAGAAGAGGACAUCAUUUCCUGUUGGAGACGGGAAGUACUACUCUACGGAAGGUGUUACUGACGCCAAAAGGAAGCGCAGAAAAGUCGUGGAAAAGUUUCUCAAUGGCAAGCUCGACGAUGGAGCUAAGUACGUUGCAUUUCAGCGGUCGUUCGACAAAGAGGGUGAUUAUGAGAGUGAAGGAUUCGUUGACUUUGAAACCAACAAGGACCACACAGUUACAAUCGUGGUAGUGGUUGUUCUAAUUGUUAUCAUAACUGCAUGUAUAGCAGUGGGAAUUUUCGUCUAUCGUCGACGACAAAGCAGCCCUCGCAAUGGCGAGGAAGAGAUGGCCCUAAGACCUCAAAAACGUGGAAGAACUCUAUCAAAAAGAAUCCUUGGUCGUGGAUCAGGAGCCUUCGACAACCCCGCCCACAAUCCUGGGGAAGCAGUGCCAGUGGAGGAAUUUGAAGAACACGUGCGACGUUUGCACGCCAAUGGCGAUCUCUU